AUGGUGCUUUGCAAAUAUUUCCAACAGAAUCGGUGCCGUUAUGGCAACAACUGUCGAUUUGAACAUGACAUCGGAGGAGGUGCCCAAAGACAGUUGAAAUUUGAUACUGGAGGAGGAGGUGGUAGAGAUAACAACAGAUAUAAAUGGACGGCUCAAAAUAACAAUAAUAAUAGUGAAUCUCAGACCAACCCUGAGGAGAUAGUCUCCGGUCUGAGACAGAACAUAGAGACAUGGGAACAGAGUAAAAUGUGGCCGUUUUCUUGUAUGGCUCUAGAGAAAGACCAACCUUGUAUGCCAGAGUUCACAGAUAUAAGUGCUGAUGAAUUAAGAUGGGAAGCGUAUCAAGCUAUUAAAAGUGGAAAUCUCAUGGCUUAUACAGAGAAAGUGAAACAGUUGACUGAAGAAUACAGAAGUAAACAUUUGUUAUUAAAACAUCCUACAACAGAGAUAAAAAAUCAACUGGUCCAGUUUAUCAACAGUUAUAGACAGAAUAAAAAUACAGAUUCUAAAUCUUCAUUUGUGAAACCAUCAGCUUUUGGAGGUCCAGGAUCUAGUAACGCAGGAUCAGCAUUUGGUGGUAUGACGUCAACAGCUGCAGCAGCAAGCCCCGGCUUUGGAGGUCAGAGUUCAUCCUCUAAUUUAUUCAGAGGUCAAAGUGCAUUCGGUGGCCAAUCAACAAAUAGUGGCAGUGUUUUUGGAGGGCAAAGUGCAACUUUCAGAGGUCCUAGUUCAUUUGGUGGUCAAAAUAGUGAAACAUUCGGAGCGCAGAGCAAUGCUGGAAGUAUUUUCAGUGAUGCAGCGAAAUCCAGUGCAUUUGGAACGAAUCCAGGCUCAGGGUCAGUCAUGGGUCAACCUGCAACUUUUGGACAGACGUCUUCAGAGUCAAUUUUUGGACAAAGUUCAUCUGAAACCCCAGGGAGUACUCCUGGUUUUGGACAGUCUGGAUUCGGUCAAACGCAGUCUGGAACUCUCUUUGGGCAACCUCAAAAUCAAUCUGCUACUCCUGGGUCAGGUAUGGGGCAGAUUCAAAACCCCACAAGAAAUUUAUUUGGAAAACCUGAACCACCACCUGCAUCAAGUUCAAUUUUUGGUGCCAGUGGUUUCGGUGCUAGUGCCUCUGCUCCAGGAACGUCUGCUUUUGGAACCAGUGGGUCGGGUAUUCAAGGGCAGACAACUAGUGAUAAUACAAAAAACACUGUGUAUACUCCGUUAGAUCAGUUGACGGCUGAUGAAAAAGCUCAAUUUGAGUCUGAUCAGUUUACGCCUGGUCGUAUUCCAGUUAAACCCCCUCCACGAGAACUCGUUAAAUAA